CAUUGUAGCCAGCCGUCUCGGUUGUAUUCUCGCCAAAAAAAGUUAAACGCCUGCUCGUACUGCUCGUGCUCGUACUUUGAGCCUUUUAUGACAUGGUUUAAAAUGACAUCUGAUAAGCUGUAGUGUGGACAAAGUUAUCUUUAUGCUCAUUAGGCGAUACAAGUGACUGUCCUCGAGUCAUCAUCAACGUUUUGCCGUGGUCUGGGAUUUGACGAAGCAUUCGCAUGAUUUAUGCUAGUCUGCUUUUCAGAAGGAAACUGUGGGAUCAGCUCUUACGCGUAAUGGCGUCCGUGCCGUACACGAUCCAUUCUGCCGUGUGUCUGCAUCAAAACUUAAAACGCAAUGAGCAAGACAAUAGCGUCGCACCCAUCAACACCCAGGAAGCGACGCUGCCUCGCUACAAUCCAAAACUGAUGAAUAGCAUCUGGGGACUGUACAACCGCUAUGCUCCUCAUUCCUUUCAGAAGAACUGCGAAAACACUGUUGCCCAGUUGCCCAAAGUCAGGUCCUUUGGACUUUGGGACAGACUACACUGAGCUGAAUUUUUUGUGCACCCUACGUGGCAAGAAAAAGCAAGCGUCUUCGUGUCUUCUUUUUUCUACUGGAUUGAAAUUAAAAUUGCCUCCAUGGUAAAUAUGUGAAUGAU